AUUAUGGGAAGGAAAGUUAUGACGUCAAUUCCACGUUCCUCCCCCUUGUGGUAUAUAUAUCACGUGAUCUCCAUACUCAGCCCUUUUCACUGCAAUCGGCUCUCAGAGUUUCAUCUGUUCACUUCUAAAGCGCAAUCAUGCCUAAGGAAAAGACACAUAUUAACAUCGUUGUCAUUGGACACGUAGAUUCCGGAAAAUCCACUACCACUGGUCAUUUAAUUUACAAAUGUGGCGGUAUCGACAAAAGAGUAAUCGAAAAGUUCGAGAAAGAGGCGCAGGAGAUGGGAAAAGGUUCUUUCAAAUAUGCCUGGGUGUUGGAUAAACUAAAGGCCGAGAGAGAACGUGGUAUUACCAUUGAUAUUGCUCUCUGGAAAUUUGAAACCGACAAGUACUGUAUUACCAUCAUCGAUGCGCCGGGCCACAGAGAUUUCAUUAAAAACAUGAUCACCGGUACCUCGCAGGCUGACUGUGCUGUGCUGGUUGUUGCUGCGGGUAAAGGUGAAUUCGAAACCGGUAUCUCCAAAAACGGUCAGACACGUGAACAUGCUUUACUGGCUUACACUCUUGGUGUGAAGCAGUUGAUUGUUGCCGUCAAUAAAAUGGAUACCCAUGAGUAUGACAAGAGUCGUUUUCUCGAAAUCGUGAAGGAAGUAUCCAAUUACAUCAAAAAGAUCGGCUACAACCCUAAAGCUGUGGCAUUUGUGCCUGUGUCAGGCUGGCAUGGUGAUAACAUGAUGGAAAAAAGUACCAACAUGCCUUGGUACGAAGGCUGGGAAAUUGAGAGGAAAGAGGGUAACUGCAAGGGCAAUACCCUCUUCAAUGCCUUGGAUUCUAUUAUUCCGCCGCAGAGACCAACGGAGAGACCAUUGAGAUUGCCCCUGCAGGAUGUCUACAAGAUAGGUGGUAUUGGUACCGUCCCUGUUGGCAGAGUCGAGACCGGUGUCUUGAAGCCUGGUACCGUCGUGACAUUUGCACCUGCCAUGGUAUCCACUGAGGUGAAGUCUGUAGAGAUGCACCACGAGUCACUUCCAGAAGCUAACCCAGGAGACAACGUUGGUUUUAACGUUAAGAACGUAUCUGUAAAGGAUCUUCGUCGUGGGUAUGUGGCUGGUGACAGCAAGAACGACCCUCCUAAGGAAACGAAGUGCUUUGAUGCCCAGGUUAUUGUCAUUAACCACCCUGGACAAAUUGGAGCUGGAUACAGUCCAGUAUUGGAUUGUCACACUGCACAUAUUGCUUGCAAAUUUACUGAGCUUAAGGAGAAAAUUGACAGACGUUCUGGUAAAAAGUUGGAAGAUUCGCCAAAAGCCAUCAAAAGUGGUGAUGCAGCUAUUGUAACACUUACGCCAACUAAACCUAUGUGUGUGGAGACCUUCAAUGAAUUCCCACCUCUAGGAAGAUUUGCUGUCCGUGAUAUGAGGCAAACUGUUGCUGUUGGUGUUAUUAAAAGUGUUGAACAUGCUGAUACAACAAGUAAAGUCACCAAGUCUGCUAUGAAAGUCAACAAAGCUUCUGACAAAAAGAAGUGAAGUUUAGCUAAUCUUAGCUAUGUUUUUCAGGGGAGGGAAAGUAUAUCAGCUCUGUUUCUUAAUGUAUUUCUCAAUUUAAGAGAUAACCUCCUGCAGCUUUUGCUUUCAUGGCCUAUAUGGUUGCUUAGGUCUAAAUUACAUCGUAAGGAAUUCAGGCGGAAAGACUGGAUUUUCUAUGGAUUCAAAUCUGUUGUGUAAGUGGAUUCUGAAAUAAAAAACCAUUUCAAUCUA